CUACUGUAUAUUAACUCUCUAACAAAGAAGCAGCACGUUUUGUAAAAUUUGUACUGUUUAUUCGGGAGGAACCGAGAAGAAAGCAGCGUUCGCACAGUGGUGGGGGGGAAGUGAGUAAAAAGCAACACGUAUCAUCUGGUACUGGACUCCUGAGUGAGUAAGUGAGUAAGGGGAGAGAGAGAGAGAGAGAGAGAAGGAGAAGCGUUGUGGAGUGUACCCGGCUGGAGUUGUUCACUAGUGGAAGAGAUUUUUCGCUUCGUUGGAGGAAGACGCGCGUUUGAGGGGAAUUAUGAGGAACAUUUGGAUGAUAUUGACCCUCUGCUUGAUGGUCGUUCUUUUAGGAGAAAGGAUAUCAGUCACUGCAGCAAAGUCUCCAUCCUCUACAGAUGACCUUUACCUUGAGGACACGGGUUCUGGAGGAUACCCGGAGGAUGACGAUGACUUUAGCUCUGGAUCAGGCUCAGGUGCUGGUGAGGAAGAAGAGGAGGUGGUCACAGUCAACACACUGUAUAUAGCACCCAAAGCAGAGCCUACACAAGAUACCACCAAGGAUUUCACACCUAGAGUGGAGACUUUCACAAAUAGGAACAAAGCCCUCCCAGAAAAGCCUAGAAAGCCUGUCAGGACUGAGCCCCCAGUCAAAGAGAAUGGGCGCAGUAACCCUGCUACCAGCACCACCAGCUCUCCUCGUUCCCCCAUGGAGCCGUAUGAAGUGCACUCAGAAAACCUUUUCCAAAGAACAGAGGUUCUGGCAGCUGUCAUUGCAGGUGGCGUUAUUGGCUUUCUCUUUGCCAUUUUCCUCAUCCUCCUUCUGGUGUACCGCAUGAGAAAGAAGGAUGAGGGCAGCUAUGAUCUUGGAGAGAGGAAACCGUCUGGAGCAGCAUAUCAGAAAGCUCCUACCAAGGAGUUUUAUGCAUAGACUUUCUUGUUUCAGUCUUGUAAGCUAAGCAUCACCAACAGUAAUGGCAGUCUCAUAUCGACGACGACGACGAGUGUGUUUAAAUAAAGAUCAAAAAGAAGACAGCGACUGGGGAACGUAAAUAACAUAAAGGAAAACUUUUAAACUGAGUAUUGUAAUUAAAACCUUUUCUUUUUUUCUUUUUUAAUGAGAACAAGCAAUGCAAAUUUUAUGGUAAAGCUCAGUGUAUUUAAACUUUUAUUGUGUAUUAUUUGAAAAGGCUAAAAAGACAAAUACCAGAAUCUGUAAAGAUAGGAAAUUAUCAGUGCUCUGUCAAAGGAGCUGGUUUGAGUUGCUUACUACUUUAACUGUAGCAGUAUGUACUUGUAAAAACAAAUGUGGAAAUAAGUAAAUAGAACUGUUCUGUAUCAGUCCUGCUUCCAUUUUCAGUAUCAUGUUGUCCAAGCAUGUCUCAUGUUCAUGUUUAGGUGUAAUUGUUUAAUUUGUCAUUGCUCUCUGGUGUUACCAAUGCCUUUCUUUAGUUUUCAUUGCCCUCUUUUGUCUCUGUAUUAACUUUUAAUCAAGUGUAAAUGUUCUUAGUUCUCACAUCUUUGUAGUUUUGUGGACAUUCUGUAAUGUUUGUCCUUUUUUUGCGCAGCUCUAGCUUUUUAUGUGAUAUGUUUGAUGAUUAGUUGUAUUUUGGACUGAAAUGUGAGUGGGAACAGAGGGAGGUGUAGAACAAAAUCUGCCAAUUUAAUGUUUUAUUAUUUAAUUACAUUUCAUCCCAUUUGGUACGUGUUGGGGCUCUUAAAUCAUGUAGGAAGAUUCCAGAAAGUGUUCAUUUAGUGCCAACACAUCUUAGUUUCUUAUCCUUCACAAAUCUGCAGGUUGGAUUGGUUGACUCAGUUCUGUUUAUCAUGAAUUUCACCUGUGAUUCUUGAAUCCAAUGUGGGUAGGUGAAAAAUGCUUGACUUCAACAAUUUUUUCAUUUAAGUCUGCCCCAGUCAAGUCAUGCCUGUGUGGUUGUAUUCAUGGUUAAAGGAAAUAUCACACUGGUGUUUUAUUAAAAAAAAUAAUGACAUGAAAUCUAGGCUAUUUUGACCAAAAGCAUGUUUUCUUUGGGCUUUUUUAGACUAACAGUUGCUCCUGCUAUUCUCUGCCUGCUGCCUCUUUUUGGUGUCAGAACUUAGAACAUUGGGUUUCUAAUGGCAGCUGAGCCAUGCCCAAAACUUUCAGACAAAGUUCUGAUGCCUUUUCUGAAGAAGGUGUGCAUUUUUUGUCCAAAGUGAUCCAGGCCAAACAUACAGGGACAAUGUUGAUGUAGCCAGCUCCCCUCUGGGACAGAAGCUCAUUAUGAAAAUGAAGCAUCGCCUCUGGUAAUAUGUUUUGGUGCUGACUGAGUACGCAUCUGAAAAUUGAAGGAGGCCAGUAUUUUUCUUUACCUAGUGAGAAGUGGUAUUUUUUAAUAAGUCAUAAAUUUACACUGAGAAAAAGAGUGAAGAAUAAGAGUCCAGUUUACUUUUAAUUAUUGUCCUAGUGUGUUCAGCUAGUGCCAACCUCCUUAAUGACCUACUUGUUUUCAACAUGAUAAAAAAAAACAGGCAAACCCAAAGACGUAAAGGACUUUUACAUGUUGUUGACAUAUUCCCUUGGUUUUCUUUUUUGUGUUUAAUGUUAUUUUUACUUUUUAAUCUAGGGUUCAUCCUUUAAACUUUUUAGAUCUUACCAUGGAGUCCAAAUGCUUGUUCACAUAUAAAACUAUAUAGAAAUAUAUAUUAUAUAUAAAUGUAUAUUCACAAAAUGUUUUAAACCUUCAAAGUGCCUAUCAUUUGGGAAAUGUGCUUGUGUAUGUCUCGUUGGAAGGCGGUGUGUACAUCAGAAUGACCAGUGACCACAGUAACUGGUAUUGUGUAAGCACAGCUGACUGUAAUAGUAACCUUUUUAGUCUUACAAAAUGCAGACAGUAUUGUAAAUUGAAACAACACUACUGAAUAAACAUUGUGGCCUAA